AUGCCGCGGGCGUCAGGGGGGGAGGUGGUGGUGGUCGGCUUCGACGAGGCCGAGCCCCGCGUGACGGAUUUCCUGGUGCUUCCUUGGACCACGGCCCACGGUACUCUGAACAAGGACCUCGUCGAAUCCGGCGGGGAGCUCAUGAUGGUCGCACUGUUCCCUGGGUAUGUUAACGUGUUCAAGCUUGACACUGCUAACCGGAGAUGGGUCGCCGUAAAGAGCUUGGGUGACCAGGUGCUGUUCGUAGGCCGAAGGAGGUCGGAAUCUUUGCCGGCCGAUGAGUGUGUUAUAUCGGGCCUCAGAGGGAACUGCGUCUAUAUUACAAGCUAUAUCUCCAACAAGAUAAUAGAGUUCUCAAUGGAAGACGGAAGUCAACGAGAGAUUUGCUUGCCAGGUCCGGAGUCACUUAGACCUAGGGUUUCUUGGUUCAUGCCAAGUGCAUGGUAA